AUGACCUCCAAGUACGGCGGCGAGACGCCAACGCACCCGUACACACGCCCGGCGUUCCCGACACCGGCGCUGCGGCGGACGCCCAGCAGCGACUUUGCGUCGCAGCUCCUUCGGGCGUCCGCGGUGGUCGAGAACCGCCACACAUUUCUGCGGACGCGGUCCCGCGCCUCGAUGAACAACACGAGCUUCAUGUCCAACUCCAGCUCCAAGACACGCAGUUUCGCGUCCAAUAGCUCGUUCAGCAAGAAUGCGAGCUUCGUGUCGACCACGUCCGAGGUCGUCAUGAUGCAGCCUGGGGACGCUGGCGACAGCGACGAAGAGGAAGAUCCAGAAAAAGCGCAUGUGGCGAUCGAAGCAGGGUUGCAGCAGAUUGCAGUCGAACGUGACGACGACCCGAUCGAGCAUUUUCAGGCGCUGAAGCGCGUCGUGGCCUCGGUCGCCGACGCCAACGGGCGCAUCAACCGCGCCACCUUUGUGAGUACGUUCGAGGUCGAGCUGCCGCCAGCCGUGCAGUCGAUCCGCGGCUGCUCCGUGCUCUUCAACGCUGCCAUGGAGCUCCCCGUUGAGGACGACACGAAGCUGCGCCUUCUCUUCGACACGAUGGACGUGGGUGGCACCGGGCGCAUCGACCGCAGCAACAUUGCCGAUUUGCUUCAAUCCAAGUUCCAGGCCGAGAAGCUCCAAUGUGUCGGGUCCGAUUUCGAUGCGAUGGCCGACAUGCUCUUUGCCAAAGCCGGCGCGCGCAGCGCGAGCCACAUGAGCUUUGUCCAGUUCCACCUCGUCUUCCGCGGCUACCUGCACGAAGCCACGACGACGGUCGAGACGUCGCGGUCGCGUGGCGUCAAACCUGCAGCCGAGCCGUCCCGCCACGGCUUCCUAUCGCGGGCCAAGACGUUUUACCGCAACCACACGCUGCGCAUUUGGUGGCUCACAGCCUACGUGGUCUUCAUCGCGGCCGAGGCGAUCCAGAAGAUGGCGCAAUACCCCGUCGACUCGGCCACCGGCUGGGCGCUGCGGAUCGCGCGCGGUGCUGCGCAGGUCGCGAUGCCGAACUUCCUCCUCGCCCUCCUGCCCAUGUGCCGCUCGAUCCUCGAGGUGCUCAAGCAGAGCAAGCUCCUCUGGCGCUACGUCCCGUUCGACGACCUCCUCGCGUUUCACCGCAUCGCGGGCACGGUCGCGCUGCUUGCUGGCCUCGUGCACACGGGCGCGCACGUCUACAACGAAGUCGCGGUCUAUCUGCUCGCGACGCCCGACGAGAUCGCCGACUCGUUCCUUGUCGCACACGUCUCGACGCUGCGGACACCCGAGGGCGCGCCGAUCAUGAUGCCUUUCUCGCACAUGCUGUGCACGCUUCCCGUCGUGACCGGCGUCUUCAUGCUCCUCAUUGCGCUCAUUGUACUGCCGCUGUCGCUGCUCCCGCGCUUUCGGCAAGGCCGCUUCAACCUCUUUUGGUUCAGCCACAUGCUCCUCGGUCCCUUCUUGCUGCUCGGAAGCAUCCACGGCGCCACGUCAUGGCUCUCGAAGGCGCAGUCGUACCUCUGGAUCCUCCCGCCGCUCAGCGUCUACCUCAUCGAACGCCGCUUCCGCUUUGCCAAGAGCUGGACGACGCCGCUCCAGAUUCUUCGCGUCGAGUUCCUCGACGGCGUCGUCGCGCUCUUCCUCGAGAAGCCCGCGCGCUUCGAGUACGACCCGGGCAUGUACACGUUCCUGAACGUCCCGAAGCUCUCGCAGCACGAGUGGCACCCGUUUACCAUCUCGUCCGCGCCCAACGACGACCACGUGAGUCUCCACAUCCGCAACGCCGGCGACUGGACGAGCGCGCUCCACGCCCUCUUGAGCCACUGCGACACCGAGGGCCUUCCCUUCCCGACCGUGUAUCUCGACGGCCCCGUGGGUGCGCCGACGCAGGCGUACCACCGGUACGCGACCGUCGUCAUGAUCGGGGGUGGCAUCGGCGUCACGCCGUUCGCGUCGAUUCUCAAAGACACGGUGCACAAGUGGAACGCGUCUCGGUGCCCCAACUGCGCCUUUUGCCGCGCGCCGCCCAACAUGAAGCUGCGCAAGAUGUACUUUCACUGGGUCACGCGGCAGCAGGAGGCGCUGACGUGGUUCAGCCACACGAUGAACGAGAUCCACGCGCUGGACCGCGACGGCGUCAUCGAGACGCACCACCACUUGACGUCCGUCGCGGCCAACGAGACCCUCAAGCUCUUCCAGGCGUUCGUGCACGACACGACCGGCAACGACGUUGUCUCGGGGCUCAAGCAGCUCACGCACUUUGGCCGCCCCGAUUGGGACCAUUGGUUCCGCUCCAUGGCGCGGACGCAUCGUGGCGAGCGCAUCGGCGUCUUCUUCUGCGGGCCACACGCGCUGGACGCGAUUUUGACGGCCAUGUGCCGCAAGUACUCGACCAAAGACGGCACGUCGUUCGAGUACCACUCGGAAAAGUUCGCCUAAGCAUUCCCGUGCUUAUUUAUCGCGUUAGUCGCAGGCUGUAUCAAUGUAUCAAUGUAUCGGAUUCUCCCAUGGACC